UAGAAACUCACCCAGAACCUCUAACCUCUAACACCAUGGUCAACUCCUGUUGUGGCUCCGUCUGCUCUGACCAGGGCUGUGGCCAGGAGACCUGCUGCACCACCUGCUGCCAGACCACCUGCUGCAGGACCACCUGCUGCCGCCCCAGCUGCUGUGUGUCUAGCUGCUGCCGCCCCUCCUGUGGUGGCUCCAGCUGCUGUGGCUCCAGCUGCUGCAGGCCCAGCUGCUGCAUCUCUAGCUGCUGCCGCCCCACCUGCUGCCAGACCACCUGCUGCAGGACCACCUGCUGCCGCCCUAGCUGCUGUGUGUCCAGCUGCUGCCGCCCCUCCUGCGGUGGUUCCAGCUGCUGUGGCUCCAGCUGCUGCCGCCCCUCCUGCUGCAUCUCUAGCUGCUGCCACCCCUCCUGCAGUGGCUCCAGCUGCUGUGGCUCCAGCUGCUGCCGCCCCUCCUGCUGCAUCUCUAGCUGCUGCCACCCCUCCUGCGGUGGUUCCAGCUGCUGUGGCUCCAGCUGCUGCCGCCCCUCCUGCUGCUGCCCCUCCUGCUGCCUGCGCCCAGUCUGUGGCCGGGUCUCUUGCCACACCACUUGCUAUCGCCCCACCUGUGUCAUCUCCACCUGCCCCCGCCCCAUGUGCUGUGCCUCCUCUUGCUGCUGAGCCCCCUGCCCUAUGACUACCAUCUCUGUUUACCUCCUGCCCUACAGAUGUGGACCCUCCUUUGUGCUAAGCAUUAGGAUACAUGGAGUCUGGUUGAUCUCAUUCAACAGGUUGAGCCACAUGAGUCCCCAUGGACUCUGAGCACAUUCUGGUUCAUGUUAAGCUCCUUCCAUUAUUAUCUUUUCCUUUCAAUACUGGUGCCAAAUAUGGAUAUUAAUUUGUAAUCCAUCAGCAAAAAAAUUAUCCCACUCCUCUAAAUUUCUCUUUCUUCCUUAUCACUUUGGGCUCUAGAUUAUCCUUCCUAAUAAAGUGAAUAUUAUCUGUAACUCCUGUGCAGUACUGAUUUGAUACCCUCUAACCUGGGAUUCAGUUAUACUCUUAGACCUAGGGGUCCAGUUAUGUAGUUUCUAAAAGAGCAAAUUUCUUAUGUUUUGUUGCUUCUUUGCUUUCUAAUAAACUUUUUGACACAUAAAAAUUUA